AUGAAAUGGCUGCAGGUGGAGAUCACUGAUGUCUCUGGGAAGACUAUAGAAGGUCCAGUCCCUUUUGAUAUAAUGAUCAUUGAUCAGAAUGACAACAGGCCCAUCUUCCGGGAAGGACCAUACAUUGGGCACGUCAUGGAAGGGUCUCCAACAGAAUCUUUUGAACACUCUACAGAUGAGGAAUUGAAGAAGCUCACUGAGAAAAACAAGGAACUGGAAGUUGCUCAAGAUAACAAUGUGGGCAUACAGAGUCAGCUCACCAGAGCAAAAGAAGAAUUGGAAGCGGAGAAGAGAGAUUUAGUCCGAACGAGUGAAAGAAGAGCUCAAGAGCUGGAACAUUUAAAUGAGGAUGUUAAACAUCUGAAUGAGAAACUCACAGCAACAAAUACUGCAAAAAUAGAGCUUCAGUUAAAACUAGAUGAGCUUCAGACAUCAUCCCUUUCUGUAAAACAUCGUGAGCAGAGGUGGGAACAAGAAAAGGAACUGUUACAGAAUCAGAACACUUGGCUGAAUACUGAAUUGAAGGCAAAAACAGAUGAGCUUUUGGUCCUUGUUCUAGAAAAAGGAACUGAAAUCUUGGACCUCAAAUAUGGCGUGGAGAACAAGAAAGAGGAGGUUUCCAGACUGGAAGAACAAGUCACUGGACUAAAACAAUCUAAUAGCAAUCUACAAAAACAUGUGGAAGAUCUUUUGGAAAAAUUAAAAGAGGCAAAAGAGCAGCAAGCUAGUAUGGAAGAGAGAUUCCACAAUGAACUAAAUGCCCAUAUCAAGUUAUCUAAUUUAUACAAGGUAUGAUUUCACUAUUUGUUCAUGAUUUCAUCUUCUGUAUUUAGAAGAGGGUGGUCCUGUGAGGAGGCAUGGUGUCAGUUUGGAUCAGCAAACGGGGCUAACAAAGAAACACAGGAUCGUUUGGCUGAGAUGGAGCAAACGAAGGCUACAGUUGAAAAAGAACUGAAGGAGAAGAUUAGCAAGUUGGAGAAAGAGUUGGACAAUGCAAAUGAUCUCGUUUCGGCUACCAAGCGAAAAGGAGCCAUACUUUCAGAGGAUGAGCUGGCAGCUAUGUCGCCUACAGCUGCUGCUGUUGCAAAAGUGGUCAAGCCUGGUAUGAAAUUAACUGAGGUGGGAGAAAUUCAGCGCUUGCAAGACGAGGCUGAUAAAGCAAACAAGCAUUCUUCUGUCUUUGAAAGAGAGAACCAGAGGUUUGAAAUUCAAGUGAAAGAUCUUUCACAACAGAUAAGGGUAUUGUUGAUGGAGCUUGAAGAAGCCCGAGGUAAUCAUGUCAUCCAUGAUGAAGAAGUCAGUUCUGCAGACAUCAGCAGCUCUUCUGAAGUGAUAAGUCAGCGCCUGGUUUCCUACAGAAACAUUGAGGAACUUCAGCAGCAAAAUCAACGCCUCUUGGUAGCACUUAGAGAGUUGGGAGAAGCAAAGGAGAAAGAAGAACAAGAAACCACUUCUUCUAAGUAUGUUCCAGCUUUGACUAUGAAUUUGGAACACCAGGAGUUCAAGAUCCCCUUGGGUCAGGAUUUCUCUUAUCUGACUUCAGUGGGAUGUUGUGAAUUCAGGGCACUGAACUCCGUACAAUCUGCGUGGAUUCCAAAAUGUUCUUCUUGGUAUAAUUCAGCUUCAAGCAUCUUGCCUGAGGAGAUGUCUCUGACAUCAACCCCGAAGCGCCUCUCAGGUUCCCUUCCAGCUUCGACUCCAACUUCAAUCCCAGUGAUCGAGUCAACUGAAGCAGCAGAAGCGAAGGCUGCUCUUAAACAGCUGCAGGAAUUUUUCGAGAACUAUCGGAAAGAAAAGGCAGAGAAUGACAAGCUGCUUAAUGAGCAAAAUGAAAAGCUUCAAGAACAGGUUACUGAUUUGAAGUCACAGAAUACAAAGGUUUCUACCCAACUUGAAUUUGCCUCUAAGCGUUAUGAGAUGUUGCAAGAUAACGUAGAGGGAUAUCGGCGAGAGAUCACCUCACUGCAUGAGAAAAUCCAGAAGCUCUCGGCCACUACUCAAAAGCAAGAACAGAUCAUCAACACAAUGAGUCAAGAAUUACGAGGAGCCAAUGAAAAAUUAAAUGUUGCAGAGGUGAGAGCAGAGAAUUUGAAAAAAGAAAAAGAUAUUUUAAAAAUGGCCGAAAUUCGUUUGUCUCAGCAAAAAGAAUCUUUAGUAGCAGAACACAGAGGACAAAACCUGCUCCUUACUAAUCUGCAAUCUAUUCAGGUAAUUUUGGAAAAGGGAGAGACAGAAACUCGACAGAGGCUCAAUAAUCAAAUAGAGAAGUUGGAAAGAGAAAUCACCCAGCUGAAGAAAAAACUGGACAAUGAGGUGGAGCAAAGACACACGCUUUCCAAAAAUCAGGAU